ACGAAAUUAGGUUUGCAGCAUCAGUUCAACUUAGAACGAUUUACCGAGUAUAUCGAGAGCGAGAGAGCAAGGAAAUCAAAACAGUGAAAGAUGCGUUUAACACUUUUGGCGCUAGUUGGCGCAGUUUGCAUCGCCUGCAGCUUUGCCCAUCCGCUGGAGGAGCAAGCCGAGAAGAACGACCUGUACAACGUGGCUGAUCUGGGUCAAGGCCAUGCCAAUGAAGAAGGACGACAGGCUCGAUUCCUGCUUGGAGGCCUUGGCGGCCUUGGCGGCUGGGGUGGCGGCUGGGGCGGAGGCUUCCGUCGCGGCUGGGGCGGUGGCUGGGGAGGCGGCGGCUGGGGCGGCGGCUAUGGCGGCGGCUGGGGAGGUGGUGGCUGGCGUGGUGGUUGGGGCGGCGGCUGGGGUGGUGGCUAUCGUGGCGGCUGGGGCGGCGGCUGGCUUGGCUAAGCUCUGCUCAAGCAAGCAAAUCAGCCUCUACCAAGAACGACCUGCCAAGCAGCUGCUGCACCACAACAGCUUCUAAUCCUUUACUGGUGUUUGUAAAUAAAGAACAUUUAAAAAUCGAAA